AUGGGCAAGGCUCUUUCUGUCGCGCGUUCCACCAUUGAAAAUGAAAAGCGUGAAGAAAUGGAAAAAUCUCUUAGAAUGCUAGAUUUUAUGGAAACUAUGUUAAAAUCCAAAAUGGAAAGUUUUACGAAUUCACUAAAACAUCCAUCUGACGAUACGCAUCAGGUACUUCUUGGAACUAUUGUAGACCAGGUCACUGAAUACACUUUAAAUGCCACUGAAACUAGUGCCUCAGAAGUUGUUAAUAGAGUAAUCGAUCACUUCUUAAGCAAAGACAUUAUAUCAGGAUUUAAAGAAGUGAUUACAUACGCGGUACACGCCAUCCUUAAUAAUGAAACCAUUGGAGAAAGCUACCGUCAAGAAUAUUACUUAUUGAUUGAACAUAAUGCGCUAGUUCGGAUUGAUAUCCUAUUCUACAAAUACGAGUUCGGUUCUAAUGGAAUUACUGAUCAACUUCAGAAUAUAUUUUGUUAUAUGUUUUAUAAGAGCGUAAUUCCAACAAAAAAAGUUGACCACAACUUAUUAAUAUACACUAUAUCUAAGUACAUUAAUAAUACCAGCGAACAUCAACCUCACAAUGAGACUAUUAAAAAGUAUAUCAAAGAAUGGAAGGAUUUUCGUAAGGACUUGGAAGCUGAUGAUAAUGAUAAAGAGGAUACUAAAUCCGAUAAUAAUAAUAAACAGGAUACUAAAUCAAUUGACUCUAAAAGCAAUUGA